AUGGAGUCUGCCCUUCUGCUCCCGUCGCUUUUGCUGGUGGCUGCCUAUCCAAGGGAUGGGAGCCCCCAGCAAGAGUGGAUGCAAAGCCCUCCCGCGCCUUCCGUGACCUCAGCACCUUUUUGGGUGCGUCUUAAUCCGGAGCUAGAGGCAGUGCCUCCCGGGGGCUCAGUGUGGCUUAACUGCAGCCACAACUGCCCCCUGCCGGUGCAUUCCAGCCUGCGCACCCAACUGAGGCAGGGAAAGAUAGUUAAUGGAUCCGGCUGGGUAUCUUACCAGCUAUUGGAUGUGAGGGCCUGGAAUUCCAAGGUGCGCUGCGUCGUCACCUGCGCAGGAGAAACCCGAGAGGCCACCGCCAGGAUCACUGCUUACAAACGGCCCAGAAGCGUGAUCUUGGAGCCUCCGGUCCUAGUGGGCCACAAGUACACUCUGCGAUGCUAUGUGACACACGUGUUCCCAGUGGGGUUCUUGGUGGUGAGCCUGAGGAGAGGUGGCCGAGUGGUUUAUCAUGAAAGUCUGGAGCGCUUCACCGGUUCAGAUUUGGCGAAUGUCACUUUGACCUACGUGAUGCGGGCCGGACUCAACGACCUCUGGCAGCCACUCACCUGCCACGCGCGCCUCAAUCUCGACGGGCUAGUGGUGCGCAGCAGCUCGGCACCUGUUAUGUUGACAGUCCUCGGUGAGGCAUCCUGCAAUCCCGGGGAAUGGGUGCGGGAGAGGGGAUGUUGCCACUCCAAGGGGGCCUGCAGAACAGGCGUGGGCUCCACGCUUGGCGGUCCUCAGACCUCCUCGUUCCUGAUUUUCACUCCUGCCCACAGCUUUAAGCCCAGCCUCCAUAGCCUUGGCCUCUACCUCCAUCGCAACCCUGGUGGGUAUCCUCCUGGCUGUGGGGGCUGUCUACGUGCGCAAGUACCUGGCUGUGCAGACUUAGUUAUAGAUCGGUUUUCGAUGCCUGACAAGAGGAUGGGGAAAAGAACCCCAGAGUAAUUAAUUCAGAGUCUCUUGUUGGAACAAUAAAGUCUUCCUC